CUAACGCGGCUGCUCCGUGGGCUGGUGGGGAGCCGCAGUCUGAGUGGGAGGGAGAGUCCGCACCCGAGAGGUGGAAGAGGACGGGCUUUAGGCUGGAAACGCCUUAGAGGAUCCAUUUUCCAGUAGGAUGGCUGAUUUGGUUUUGUGUGAACCAACAGAGCUUUACAACAUCUUGAAUCAGGUCACAAAGCUACCCAGAUUAACUGAACCCAACUAUCUCUGCUUAUUGGACGUUCGUUCCAAACGGGAGUAUGAUGAAGGCCAUGUGAUUACAGCCCUUCGAGUGAAAAAGAAGGGGAAUGAAUAUGUUAUCCCGCAGUCCGUGGAUCUGGAGUGUGUGAAGUACUGUGUGGUGUACGAUAACAAUACCAGCAACAUGGAGGUGUCCUCAAAAGACAACAAUGACGACGACUCUGAUGAUGCUGGUCAAGAGAUGGCGCCUGGCGCUGCCAUUGAGUAUGGCAAGAUCCUGACCCACCUCACCCACCACCCUGUCUAUAUCCUGAAAGGGGGCUACGAGCGCUUCUCGGCCCUGUAUCACUUCUUACGGACCCAGAAGAUCAUCUGGAUGCCCCAGGAACUGGACACAUUUCAGCCAUACCCCGUGGAAAUAAUACCAGGCAGGGUCUUCGUGGGCGAUUUCAGUCAAGCCUGUGACCCUAAAAUUCAGAAGGAUUUGAAAAUAAGAGCACACGUCAAUGUCUCCAUGGAGACGGGGCCUUUUUUUGUAGGUGAUCCUGACAAGCUUCUGCACGUCCAGAUAGAAGAUUCCCCGGAAGCCAAGAUUUUCCCCUUUUUUCGCCACCUCUGUCACUUUAUUGAAAUUCACCUCCAGCUCGGCUCUGUCGUCCUGAUCUUCUCCACCAGGGGGAUCAGUCGCAGCUGUGCGGCCGCUGUGGCCUACCUCAUGCACCAGCACAAUCAGACCAUGAAGAGGUCCUGGACCCACGUCAAGAAGUGCAAAAACAACAUGCGUCCAAAUAGGGGCCUGGUGACUCAGCUUUUGCAAUGGGAGCAGAUCGUCCUUGGAAACCGAAUCACAGACGACAAGGAUCCUCUCUACUGAUCUUCUCCACAUCCCAGCGAUGGGUGCUGAAGAACUUUGCUCGGGGGCUUUUUGUGGGCGGAGGGCCAGCGUAUGUAUACUCACGUUGAUCUGGAAGAAGAAGGC